AUGGUGGAUUCCUAUGACUAUUUACUGAAGUUUCUCAUUAUUGGUGAUGCUUCCACAGGCAAAACCUGUAUAUUGAGACGUUUCAUUGAAGACACUUUUAAGGAAGACAUGCUUCACACCAUAGGUGUCGAAUUUGGCACCAAAGUAAUUCAAAUAGGUGGGGAGUCCCUUAAACUACAAAUCUGGGAUACCGCUGGACAGGAGAGAUUUCAAUGUGUCACUCGGUCUUAUUAUCGAGGUGCUGCCGGUGCCCUUGUUGUGUAUGAUAUAUCAUGUCGCGAGUCUUUCAAUCGUGUUGCCGAUUGGGUCUCGAGCGUGCGUGAACUCUCGAAACCUGACCUCGCGAUUAUUCUCGUUGGUAACAAAUCUGAUCUCGCUGCCGAACACCGAGAGGUGAAUGAAGAGGAAGCCCGUCAGUUUGCCAAGGACAAUGGAGUUCAUGACUUCAUCGAAACUUCUGCCAAGUUGGGAGAAAAUAUUCAGGAGGCCUUCUACGCAGCUGCACGGACAGCUCUGGAAAGGGCUAAGGCCACCCAGUCCACCGAUGCAUUUCUGCCUGCGUCGGGUUCUGGUGGAAGUUACCUCCAUCGUGCCCCUCCAAAUCAUAAUCGGAUCAGCUGUUCCAGUUGUUAG